AUGUCACUCCCUUCACCUUCCUGUCCCAACGUUGAUUCAGCAUACUCAUCUUCGUCCUUCACAUCCCAGCCCAACCAAGACUCACACUCAGCCCAAAGUAAUCUCCAGAGUCCUUUGAGUCGCUUGUGUAAACAGAAGCUCCUGGAAGAAGUUGAAAAGCUCAAGGAGGCCGUCCAGAAGGACGACAAAGGCGGAGUCAUCAUGGCGAUUCCAAUGCUCCUUGCUCUCACUGUUUGCCCUGCCAUGCUCGGCACGCAAGAGGCAAUUCGUCAGAGUCAGAGCAAGACAAAACGUGAAGAACAUCGGGCUCGACGCUGCAACCUGGUCGUAUCUUGUGUCAAGCCUUCUAUCAGAAGUCGUGAUAUUAACAACAAGUUGGUUGUCUUGAAAGAUUCUAAGCUUUAUAUUGCCAAUGAACAUCCUCUUUACAACCAUGAUCCCAAGAACAGUAUCAGCAAAGGCUACGCAUUCUCGGGAUACUUCCUACCUUUCCCUGAUUCAGACUACGAAGGUCUAGUCACUACCAUCAGUGACGACCCUCCUUUCUUGAACUGGAUCUACAUUGAUAAGAACACGUACGAAGUCAAGUACGGAGUGCGUGCGGAUACUGAAGGUCACAUCACUGGUCCUUUUGACUGCACCAAACAAGAUCGCCGCAUGACGUGCGAAAAUUGGGAGGGCUUCUGCGCCGUAGAAGAACUUCCAGGUAUCUGGGCACUCUACUACGAUCGCGACGACGAUGGUCUGAGAUCAAAAGUUGCCAUGGGUACUCGAGUACUCGAGGUGGAGCUCACUCGCCGAGAGAAGAAGGAGCCCAAGCCUGUGCCUGAUCCAAAUGCACCCAAGACGGUGGAUGAAAAGAUGAAGCAGCACAAGGAGCAGACUGCCAAGGAAGAGGCCGAGAAGGCUGAGUUCAUGGCAACUGGUCAUCACCCUGGUGCUGAGCCACCCUCGCCCACUCACAACCCUGUGAAGAAUUCGAAUUUCUUUGAUCCAGAUUCGAAGGAGGCUAAGAAGAAACGUAUCGCCGAUGCCCUUAGUCGCCUCAACCUUGAUAGCCCUACAAAGAGUGAAGGAGGUUCUGAUGAGAGCAUCCUGACCAGUCUCAGCCAGGACUUUUCCAUCUUUUCAUUGGCCAAGAAGAUGACUGACACAACAAACAACGAUGAAGAGGCCACAGUUGCAAGCUCUGUGUGGGGAGGCGAGAGAGAAAAGGAAAAGGACAAGGGGCAUAAGAAGAACGAUUCAGCAAGUGAAGCAGGCCCAUACAGGAAGCCCACUGUUGAAGAGGGCUGA